UGCGCCUCCCCGGGAGGCGGGUCCGUGAGGGGGCGGGAAACAGGAUCCAAUGAAAAGGGGCAGCCUGGAAGCCGGCAGCGCAGAUAGGGAUUGGGAGAUGGACGCGCUGCAUAGUUCAGGAGUUGUCUUGGCUGCUUAUUUGCAAGAAAAAUGUCUGGACUUUUCUCCGUUCUGGCUGUGGGUGAAUCACCUGGGAGACCCCGCACACAUCUACGUCAUCUACUUCCCGCUGGCUUACUGCAUGUGUCGCAGGCUGGGAGUGGCUCUGCUGUGGACUGGGCUCCUCUCGGAGUGGUUCAAUCUUGUGUUUAAAUGGUUUUUAUUUGGGGAGCGUCCAUUUUGGUGGAUACGCGAACAUGGGCAGCACAGUGACCUAAAUUUAACACAGUUCCCAUUAACAUGUGAGACAGGGCCCGGGAGCCCCUCAGGGCACUGUAUGAUCACAGGAGCUGCACUUUGGCCAGUGAUGAUGUUCUUUACCAACCUACAGCCCCAGAGGCCUUUGUGGAGCUUGGUGCCCAUUAUACUGUAUAUUAUGCUGAUGGUGGGAGUUGCCAUAUCCAGAGUCCUUAUCCUGGCACACUUUCCCCACCAGGUUGUGGCUGGUCUCAUAGCAGGCAUGUGCUUGGGACACAGUUUACCACACACUGUCUCUCGAGGCCGCACGUUACUAUUUUUCACACUGACAUCCCUCCUGCUGCUCUUUGGGGCCUUUCUCAUAUAUUUUGGAAUGGGCAUUUUUGGGGUGGAUCUGUCCUGGUCUAUCAAUCUUGCUACCAAAUGGUGUGCAAAACCCGAGUGGAUUCGCCUGGAGACCAGACCUUUUUCUUCAGUGACCCGAAGUGCAGCCAGCGCUUUAGGACUAGGAUUUGCCCUUCACUGCCCCCUGUACAAUCAGCUGUGUGGGGGCACCACAGACUGGAGGAAAAGGGCUAUCACUCUAGUCCUUUCAUUGCUAUUGCUUGGCCUCCUUCAUCGUCUGCCCCUACAAACUGACUCCCCGUUGCUGUUCUACUGUUUAAACUUUUUCCGCUAUGCUCUGUGCCCACUCACUGUUGUUAUCUUCGCUCCUUAUAUCACCCACUGUCUCCACACGCGAGCCACAGGCAAGGAACAGUGAUUUCUUCUGUGAUUUAAAGGACACGGAAAGUUAAACUAAAGAGGUAGCUAGAAAUAUUGUACAUGAUGUUUUGUGCUUCUGUACCAGCCCAAGGCAACCACAGCCCUUUAGCAGUAAAGAUCUGUGUCUCCAAAGAUG